AAAAAAGAACUGAAAAAUUAUUAACCAAAAAGUUGGAGAGAUGGCCAGCCAGAGCCAGAAUUCUCUACUCUCUCAAACACUUCGCAAGAAAGCUGCGUACAGUUCACACAUUUACUCGUUCAAGAACACACACUCUCUCUCUCUCACUCCCACUAGAUUUUAGCAACAAAUUUCUGAGUAUAAUACUUGAAUACCACAAAUAAGCAAGAAUUUUUGAAUCUUUUUGCCAAUAUUUGUGUUCAUCCGCUUUUUAUCUCCUAAUCUCCUUUGGAAACCGCUUCACAUCUCGCGGCCAAAUUUCCAUUUUCACUUUUUUUUUAUGGGUCCAAUUUAUUCCAUCGGUUUUAUGGAUUAAAUUUUCCGGGUUCGCCAUAUUUCAUCCGAUUGGAAGAAAGAGAAGAAAAUGAGGACGCUUGGUGUUCGCUUUAUCAUUGUUCUUCUCUAUGGGUUUGUUCUCAUGGAUAACUCCUCAGCCCAGAUGCCAGGUUUUGUGAGUAUCAACUGUGGUAGUACAUAUAAUUUUACAGACGAAUUAGGCCUCAACUGGAGUCAUGACAAUUACAUGAAAAUCGGACAAGUGGCCAACAUAUCUGUAGCAAACGAGACCAGACAACAAUAUCAGACACUAAGAUACUUCCCGGCAGAUGAAAACAAGUAUUGCUACACACUAAGUGUUAUUAGUCGAACCAGAUAUCUUAUAAGAGCUACCUUUUUAUACGGGGACUUUUAUAACAACAAUGUUUAUCCAAAGUUCGACAUCUCUCUUGGGCCUACCCAUUGGGCCACGAUAGUGAUUUCGGAUGCUAACACGAUUGAGAGUUCGGAGUUGAUUUUUCUUGCUACGGAUCCUACAAUAAGCGUUUGUUUGUCCAAUGCUAAAACUGGAGUGCCUUUUAUAUCCACUCUCGAGCUCAGGCAGUUUAAUGGCUCCAUAUAUUUCAAUGAAUAUGAGAAUCAGUAUUACCUUAGUGUGUCGGCAAGGAUAAACUUCGGUGCGGAGAGUGAUGCUUCUGUUAGAUACCCAGAUGACCCGUUUGACAGAAUAUGGCUAUCCGACUUGGUAAAAAAAGCAAAUUAUCUCGUCGAUGUUGCUCCUGGAACUGAGAGAAUAUCUACCCAAAUGCCCAUAGACGUGAGUCGAGACGAGUGGCCGCCCGAAAAAGUCAUGCAGACAGCUGUCAUCGGCAGAAAUGGGACUCUCACUUACCGUUUGAAUCUCGACGGGUUUCCCAGUCCUGGUUGGGCCUUCACGUACUUUGCUGAGAUUGAAGAUUUGGGCCCAAAUGACAUCAGAAAGUUUCGGCUGAUGCUUCCCGGUGAACCUGAUGUCAGCAAAGCUGUGGUGAACAUUCAAGAGAAUGCGCAGGGAAAAUACCGAUUGUACGAGCCGGGUUACUAUAACAUUACCUUUCCUUUCGUUUUGUCUUUCAGAUUCGCUAAGACAUCAGACUCGACAUUGGGCCCGAUCUUGAACGCCAUGGAGAUAAAUAAGUAUUUGAAGAAGAGCGAUGGCUCGGCAGAUGGACCACUUCUUGCUGAUGUGGCAGCAGCUCAUUCGUCAGCCGAGUGGGCACUUGAAGGCGGUGACCCUUGCCUUCCAGCUCCAUGGUCAUGGGUCCAGUGGAAGAAUUUGAGUGGAUCAAUUCCAGCAGAUUUCACAAAGCUGAGUGGUCUAGUUGAGUUGUGGCUUGAUAAUAACUCGCUGAGUGGUCCGAUUCCAGAUUUUUCUGGAUGCCCCAACUUGCGAACAAUACAUAUAGAGAAUAAUCAGUUAACCGGUGGACUGCCUUCUUCAUUGGGAGAUCUGUCAAAUCUGAGAGAAUUGUAUGUUCAAAACAAUGAGUUAUCAGGAAAUGUGCCAUCUGCUCUUCUUAACAGAGAUAUAAGUUUGAACUACACUGGGAAUCCUGGUGUCCACAACAAUGGCAAUGGAGAAAACCGUAAAAAAAUUAUCAUAGGAGCAUCAACAGGAGCUGCUGUUCUGCUUAUUGCUACUAUUGCAGCCUGCAUUUUUUUACCGAAAGGUAAAAAGUAUCCUCCUAAGCAAGGAAAAUUACAACAUGGCUUGUCUACUCAAAGGCCAGUUUCUUCCCUGGGUGGCACGACGGCAACUAAAACUGCACAUUACUUCUCAUUAUCGGAAAUCGAGGCUGCUACAAGUAACUUUGAGAGGAAAAUCGGGUCAGGUGGAUUCGGGGUUGUAUAUUAUGGGAAACUGAAAGACGGUAAGGAAAUUGCGGUCAAGAUCUUGACUAAUGAUUCAUUCCAGAGCAAGCGAGAAUUUUCAAAUGAGGUAAAAUACUUCAAGUCUAUUAGGCUACGUUUGGUAAACCUAGCUGAUAAGGUCUCUCUUCUUUCGAGAAUACAUCAUAGGAAUCUUGUACAGUUUCUUGGAUACUGCCAAGAAGAUGGUAAAAGUAUUCUCGUGUAUGAGUUCAUGCAUAACGGGACUCUCAAGGAGCACCUUUACGGGCCCUUAACACGUGGAAGAGGAAUUAAUUGGAUGAAGCGCCUUGAGAUUGCUGAAGAUGCUGCAAAAGGAAUCGAGUAUCUCCACACUGGCUGUGUACCAUCAAUUAUCCACAGAGAUUUGAAAACGAGCAAUAUUCUCCUCGACAAGAACAUGAGAGCUAAGGUCUCAGAUUUUGGCCUCUCGAAGCUAGCCGUCGAUGGAGUUUCUCACGUAUCAAGCAUUGUUCGAGGCACUGUUGGUUAUCUUGAUCCCGAGUAUUACAUCUCCCAACAGUUGACCGACAAAAGCGACGUUUAUAGUUUUGGUGUUAUCCUUUUGGAGCUAAUUUCCGGUCAAGAAGCGAUUUCUAAUGAAAGCUUUGGCGUCAACUGCAGAAACAUUGUCCCAUGGGCGAAACUGCACAUCGAGAGUGGGGACUUGCAGGGAAUUAUAGACCCUACACUGCACGAUUACGAUAUCCAAUCUAUGUGGAAAAUAGCCGAGAAGGCAUUGAUGUGCGUGCAGCCACACGGGAACACGAGGCCCUCGAUUUCCGAGGUCAUCAAGGAUAUUCAUGAUGCAAUCAUGGUCGAGAAAGUUCGGGAGGGAAACUCGGACGAGAUCUCGAGGCAUUCAGUUCACUCGUCCUUGAAAAUGGGGUCCAUGGACUUGGGAGCAAGUGAUCACUAUUUGUCGAUUGAUGACUCGAUUGCGCGGCCCUCUGCUCGAUAGAAUCGUGUAUUUAUUCAUUCUAGAUUUUUUUUUUUUUGGUGGACUUUUUGUACUUCAUUUUUUGCUGAGAUGAAGAGGAAGAAGCUUUUUGAUGACUAUGUAACUGUAAAUUCUGUUCUUUCUUGGAGGAGCAUUUGGCAUUCAUAUAAUCAUAUGCUUGUUUAUCAUUUUGUUUUUUGCUCAAUGUUUGGCAUUUGUUUAUGAGAUAUGUAUUUGCAUUCUUUAAACCCCGUG